AUGACCACCCACGAAGUUGAUCGACAAAAUAAGAUGCUCAGGAGGAACAUCGGCUCCUUGCUAGCGAAAUGCGAAGACUACAGUAAUCUAGGGGGAGUUGAGCUUGCUCUCUAUGUCUCCUUCACUGAAGAUGGAGGCUUCGUUUCGUACGAGUCGGCCAAUUUAAGCUGGCGUCAGGACAUCGAAGCCAAGAAAGCUCAUGCACCCACAACACUUCUCCUGCCGGAGUCCCUGGGGAAGUUGAUUGGCCAUAAGGUGACGGGUUUCCGUUUCCAGCAAGGCAAAGAGCGCCAUCCCGGGGGGAGAAUGAUGGGUGGAGCCGGGCAGCUGGCGACGGAGUCUGGAUCUGAGGACCACGGCAGCCGCCCUCAAUAG